CCCGGGCGUCUGAGUUGUCUGCUGUGAGUACCGUCAAAAUGUUGGAGUGAGUCUUCACCUUCACGAGAAUGUCAACAAGCAAGUUUGAAAAACUCUCCAGUGAAGCUUUUGAAUUUUAUCUUACAACGAAUGUGCCUUAUCUGGAAGAAUUGCCCACUUGCUUGGAAUUCUAUAGAAAUUAUGUGGCUCAAAAUCGGCCAGUGAUUAUCCGUAAUGCUUUCAACAGCUGGCCGGCGUUAUCGAAAUGGAACAUUGAAUACUUAAGGCAGUCUUAUGGGACAAAAGAUGUCACAGUAACCGUCACCCCAAAUGGUUAUGCUGAUGCAGUCACAAAUGGACACUUUGUUCUUCCCCUGGAAAAGGUGAUGCCCAUGAACCAGUUUUUGAAAUCACUGGAAAACCCUGUCGUAAACAGGGUGCACUAUAUUCAAACACAGAACUCCAAUCUCACCAAAGAGUUUGCAGAAUUGAUAGCUGACUCUGCAGACGAGAUUGAGUGGGCCUCAACAUUGUUUGGCACCAAGCCAGAUGCAGUCAAUUUCUGGAUGGGAGAUGAGCGGGCAAUCACAUCGAUGCACAAGGAUCCCUAUGAAAACAUGUACUGUGUCGUUUCUGGAUACAAAGACUUCAUUCUCCACCCUCCCACAGACCAGCCAUGGAUACCUUAUGCAAAUUAUCCCAAAGCUAGUUACCAAGAAAUCGACGGAGAUUUGAAGAUUGUUCCGGAUGAUGACGGAACCAUUCCUUGGAUAGAUAUCGAUCCUUUGAAGCCCGACUUGACAAAAUAUCCCAAGUACAAAAAUGCUCGGCAGAUUCGAUGUCGCGUUGAGAAAGGUGAAAUGCUCUACCUGCCCUCGCUUUGGUUCCACCACGUCCGCCAGUCUCACGGCUGCAUAGCAGUCAACUACUGGUACGAUAUGCAAUACGACAUCAAGUACAAUUAUUUCGAAUUUGUUAAAGACCUGGUCAACUGUGAUGCGUGAUUUGCCAAUAAAAUGUCAUUGCCUGUUGAA